CGCCGCGUAUGAAGACGGUGGUGAGGAGCAGCGGAGAGCAGGUCAAAGAGAUUGAGGAGGAACAUCGUCGAGAAUGUCAUUUCCUCAACAUCGAUGGCGGAAUAGUUGCGGCUCUCAGUCACUGCACUAAAAAUGACAUUCGCGGUUACGUGAUCGAUGGAGAGAGAUAUUUGUAGAUUCUACCGAUUCCUGUGCGACUUCGUCAGAUGCUCCGUUCGAUUCCUGAAAACGACAACUCGAUUGUUGGGGCCCACAUUCUCCGUUCCGUCGAUCCAUACGAACGCCUAAGAGCUCACCAGGUUGAACUCCAAAAGCUUCGUUCUCAAAUGAAACCAGACAUUCCUCAAGAAACAAUGCCGAUGGAAGUUAAUCUGAUUGAUAAACAGAUCGCCAUUGGCGACAAAUCUAAAACCAUCUCCGAUGCAAAGGGAAAUUCCAGGAAUGACAACAAGGACAGAACUGCGCCGAACAAAAUCAUCGAACUAGGAAUCUUUGUUGAUUACAUGGCAGUGGGUCUGUUUAUGCCGUAUUUAGGAGUCAAAGAAUAUGGGAAACUUCGUGAACUGAUUCUUACCUUUGUCAAUGCGAUGCAAGCGCUGUACCAUCUGCCUAGUCUGGGCCAACGAAUCGACUUCACAAUCGUCUACAUGGAAUUUCACGAAAAGGCACCAAUUCAUUUGAUCAGCAGUGGAGAUCGAGGAAAACUUCUCGAUUCCUUCUGCUCUUUUCAGACGAAAUUAAACAAACCGUCCGACAGCGAUGCCGAACAUUGGGAUAUGGCACUUCUUUUAUCUGGUCUUGAUUUCUAUGCAGUUGAGGGCGGCAAAAAUAAUUACGUCACAAUGGGUUUGUCCACUGUCACUGGCGUUUGCACUAACAUUUACAACUGUGUCAUCGGAGAGUUCGGUGUCACGAAUCAGCAGGGCCAACCGUAUCCUUCCACCGGAUUCACUUCGGUUUACGUAAUGGCACAUGAAAUUGGCCACAAUUUGGGUAUGAGCCACGACAGCUCUGGAAACAACUGCACUACAGAAGGAUUUAUCAUGAGUCCAUCUCGCGGUGUAGUAGGAGAGGCUACCUGGUCUACCUGCAGUGCAGCAGCACUUGCCAAAGUCACGGAAACUUGCAUGAACGAUCUGCCUACUGCCAACUACCCCGAUUAUAACGACGACAAAUACGGAGAUAGACCCGGCCAGUCGUGGCCGGCCGAUGAGCAAUGUCGCCUACUCUUGCGGGAUCCAGCCGCUUUUGCUUACUUCGCCACUAGCGCCGAUAUUGCCGCGUCUUGCAACUCGCUGAAAUGUAAAACACCAAACCGCGAUGGCUUCUUUACUUCUGGUCCAGCUCUCCCCGGAACCGAUUGCGGUAGUUCAAUGUGGUGUGAUGGAGCAAUUUGCGUUCCGAAAUGACAAAAAAAAAUUCAGCGAUUAAAAUGUCUCCCGUUUAGAUGUCGGGUUAAUUCAAUUUACUUGAAUGGGGAUUGUGGUUCGGGAAUAUUUACAAUUCAAUAAAUUUCACUUUGGUCUUUUCACUUAUAUUUUUAUGAUGGAAGGCAAAAUUGAAUAAACAUCAAACGUAUACAACUUAAAA